UGGUGGCAACAUUCUUUCCUCAUCUUCCACCAUUUUCAUUAGUUUGUUCAUAAACUACUUGCUUCUUUCUGCAUCAUCAUCAUGUCACUUGCUGGUAAACUCAGCAUUGAAAUUAGGGUUCAUGCAACUGCUACAAAGUGGUUCAACCUCUUGACAACACAGCUCCACCAUGUUCAAAACCUUACUGAUGCAGUCCAUGAAACAAAUCUGCAUCAUGGUGAAGACUGGCAUCACAAUGAGUCCAUCAAACAAUGGACAAGUUCCAUAGAUGGAAAUGCUACAAAAUACCACGAGAGUAUUGAAUCGACUGAUGAAGCAAACAAAACAAUAACCUACAAGAUCUUCGGGGAAGAUUUCGAGCACAAGUUUAAGGUUUUGAAGUUAAUAUUUCAAGGAAUUCAUAAUGAUGAAGGUGGUGACAUAAUCAAAUGGAUCAUUGAAUAUGAAAUUAAAAGUGAAGAAUUUGAUCCUCCAUUUGGGUUCCUCCAAUUCGUGUACAAAGCAAGCAAAGACGUUGAUGCCAAUCUUCUCAAGGCAUAAUAGCUCCAAAAGUUAUGAACAAAAUAAUAAAUAUACAAUAAAUGGAGAUGGAUGAAGGAUGAAGGAUGAAGGAUGAAGGAUGAAGUGAUUGUAUAUACAAUAAAUUCGUGUGUUGGUGAAUUUUUUUUUUUUUUUGUGUGGAAUAAAACAUGGAGAUACAUGCUCCCAAUGCCUUUGAAGUGUAUUACAUAUAUUGAAGUGUGUUUUAUUUGAGUUUAAAUUCUUUACUGA